UGUAUCUUGCAUUUUAUUUUGUUGCUAAACCCUAUUUACGACAUUUCGUUACCAAAAACCGUCACGGUAACCGGAAGCACGUGUAGUUGUUGUUUUGGUGGAUCGUGAGUGUUGUCAGAACAAAAUAUGCCACGACAAAGAAGGGCACUGACACAGAGGCAAGAGUCAGACGACGAGUUCGAAACUCCGGCAUUCCGAGACAUCGGAAAAGAUGAUGAGACGAAGGAAACCGAAGAAAUUGACAGCGAAGAGGAUCUGGUGGAAGCAGAAGAAGUGUCCGCUGGAGAAGGUUCAUCAGAUGAGGACUUGGAAUUAGCCCAUGAUGAUGUUGCCAGUGACGAGGAUGACAGUGAUGCUGCUCCUGAGGAUGUGGGCUUCUCAGAGACCCGGGCAACAGCCCUUUCCCAGAUGAGGCAGGCAAUGACACAGAUAAAAGAAGAAAAACUCCAGUUGAAAGCAAAGAGAAAACAGAGAGAUGAAAAGUUUAAGGAACAAAAGCGGAUAAAGUUGGAAGCUGUGUCUCGCUUGCCUGAUGAAAUCCUGAACAGUCUUCCAGAAAAACUCAGUGAGGAAAAGAAGGAAACAGAUAAAGGAAAACAGAAAAAGAAGGAAAAAAAGAAACAUGAAGGCAAAAAACAGGAUCUAAGUAUAAAGAAACAGUCAACUGUGUUUGAAGAAACAGAAGACUAUCUACCUCUAAAGACAGGUUUUGUUGACAGUGAGACUGGCAUAAAGGCUAUGCCAUUGAAAGACCUGAGAAAGAGAAUGGCCAUAUCUCAAUCUGCUGCAAACUUCAGGAAUUCUCGUCUCUACGGUGACCAUAGAAGGAGGGAAUCAACUCAAGCAUAUCUAGCUAAGAUGGAGAAACGGAAAGUCCGACAAGAGAAGAGAUGAUAGAAAGACUGCUGUGUUGCUUGGAGACUGUUGCUAGGAGACUAACGAUGAUGGAGAUACCCAUGGGGAAGGCUGGACAGUGGGUGGCCCAGUGGUUAAAGUGUUAGCUUGUCACAUCAAAGAUCCAGGUUCAAUUCCACAUUAAAAAAAUAUGUGUUGAGUUUCCCCAUAGUGAUAAAACCAUCUCCGACAGAAAGCCUUGGUGAACACAGAUUAUUUGUAUCAACUUGGUUGAUGCAGGAACUGAUGUAUGAGACCGAUCACAUCUUCUCGUUUAUACAUGAUUAGGUAUGUGGCCUUGAUACGUUAAGGUUCCCAUCAUUAAAUAUCUUGGGGUGGGGGAAGGUGACUGUUUAAGGUUACUGGGACUGUUAGAGACAGGGUAUUUUUAUGGUCAAUUUCAAAACACACAGUGUUUCUGUGAUGAAAUUUUUCACAGCACAUUUUUUUCAGGAAAUCGAGCAUGUCCACUGAAAUAUAUGUUUUGGCAUGGGGUUGGGGGUUCGUA